AGUGUCAACAUGCAAGAUGGCAGCUCAUCACAGGCAGAACACGGCGGGGCGGCGGAAAGUGCAGGUCUCGUACGUGAUUCGCGAUGAAGUUGAGAAGUAUAAUCGGAAUGGUGUCAAUGCCCUUCAGCUGGACCCAGCACUGAACAGACUCUUCACCGCCGGCCGAGACUCCAUCAUCAGGAUAUGGAGUGUCAAUCAGCACAAGCAAGAUCCCUAUAUCGCCUCCAUGGAACACCACACCGACUGGGUCAAUGACAUUGUCCUGUGCUGCAAUGGGAAAACGUUGAUCUCAGCCUCGGCUGACACCACGGUUAAAGUGUGGAAUGCCCACAAGGGAUUUUGCAUGUCGACCUUGAGAACCCACAAGGAUUAUGUGAAGGCCCUGGCAUAUGCCAGGGACAAAGAACUGGUGGCAUCAGCCGGUCUGGAUCGACAGAUAUUCCUUUGGGAUGUCAACACGCUCACCGCUCUGACCGCCUCCAACAACACCGUCACAACAUCUUCCCUGAGUGGGAACAAAGACUCCAUUUAUAGCCUGGCCAUGAACCAGCUGGGGACCAUCAUUGUAUCGGGCUCCACGGAAAAGGUGUUGCGGGUCUGGGAUCCAAGGACUUGUGCCAAGCUGAUGAAACUGAAAGGUCACACGGAUAACGUCAAAGCUUUGCUUCUGAACAGAGAUGGGACGCAGUGCCUGUCGGGCAGCUCUGACGGGACCAUCCGCCUGUGGUCCUUGGGCCAGCAGCGCUGCAUUGCCACCUACCGCGUACACGACGAAGGCGUGUGGGCCCUGCAGGCCAACGAAGCCUUCACCCACGUCUACUCGGGUGGCCGUGACCGGAAGGUUUACUGCACGGACCUGAGGAACCCAGACAUCCGGGUGCUCGUCUGUGAGGAGAAGGCACCGGUGCUCAAGAUGGAACUUGACAGGUCGGCGGACCCUCCUCCUGCUCUCUGGGUGGCCACUACUAAGUCUUCUGUCAAUAAGUGGACCCUGAAGGGGGUUCACAACUUCCGAGCAUCUGGAGAUUACGACAAUGACUGCUCCAAUCCCAUCACGCCCCUGGGCUCGCAGCCUGACCAAGUGAUUAAAGGGGGCGCCAGCAUCACCCAAUACCACAUCCUCAACGACAAGAGGCACAUCCUAACCAAAGACACCAACCACAACGCCGCUUACUGGGAUGUCCUGAAGGCAUGUAAAGUCGAAGACCUCGGCAAAGUGGACUUUGAGGAAGAAAUUAAGAAGAGAUUUAAGAUGGUGUACGUGCCCAACUGGUUCUCAGUGGACUUAAAAACGGGGAUGCUGACCGUCACCCUCGACGAGACCGACUGCUUUGCUGCCUGGGUUUCCGCCAAAGAUGCUGGCUUCAGCAGUCCCGACGGGUCGGAUCCAAAAUUAAACCUCGGCGGUCUCCUGCUUCAAGCUCUCCUGGAAUACUGGCCUAGGACACACAUCAACCCCAUGGAGGAAGAGGAGAAUGAAGCUGGCCACGUGAACGGCGAGCAGGAGAGCAGGGUCCAGAGGGGCAACGGCUACUUCCAGGUGCCCCCACAUACACCAGUCAUCUUCGGGGAGGCCGGAGGACGCACAUUGUUCAGGCUGCUGUGCAGGGAUUCUGGGGGCGAGACCGAGUCGAUGCUUCUCAACGAGACAGUACCACAGUGGGUGAUCGACAUCACCGUGGACAAAAACAUGCCCAAAUUCAACAAGAUCCCCUUCUACCUCCAACCACACUCAUCGUCGGGGGCCAAGACUCUGAAGAAAGACCGCCUGUCAGCCAGUGACAUGCUGCAGGUAAGGAAGGUGAUGGAGCACGUCUAUGAGAAAAUCAUCACCCUGGACAAUGACUCACAGACCACCAGCUCCUCCAACAAUGAGAAGCCCGGGGAGCAAGAGAAGGACGAGGACAUCUCGGGCUUGGCAGAGGAGAAAAUCGAACUUCUGUGCCAGGACCAGGUUUUGGACCCAAACAUGGACCUGCGGACGGUCAAACAUUUCAUCUGGAAGAGUGGCGGCGACCUGACCCUUCACUACCGCCAGAAGUCCACGGCAUGAAACGCUGCUGCGUCUCUCCCCCCUGCGCCCUGGUGAGCGUAACCCCGGCCAAACCCUGUCCCCAAUCCCACCGAGCCCCGAAUGUAGCUCAGCCCACCUCCCCCUGGAUCUCUCCCACCUCCCCGGUGUAGCUCAGCCUGGCCCUAAACAGAACUCAACCCACCCACAGGGGAGUUUUUCUAGAGAAAACACAUUCCGUGCCCGCGGUCCUGCCCCCCAAUAGCUUUUCAGAGCAGGCAGAAAGGCGCCAUUGACACUGUGAGGCUGUCCGGGCAAUCCAAACUGCAGUUUACAUACAGCUGUCUGUAUGGGCCUUGUGGGAGCCUCACCAGAGAGCUGGGGGAGUCAGUGGCUGGUCCCACAGCAGAGCCGGGCUCUGCCAGCCCUGGAGGACAGCAGUGCUCCCUGGCUCCCACCAUGCUGCCUAGGUAUGUGGACUACCAUACCAGGCACGCUGAAGCCCCCUGCCCCCGGGCCAGACAUCUUGGUCUACAGUGGCGGUGGACAAAGUUGUUGCAGCCCUUGCCUGCCGCUCCUGACCCAGGACAAGCUGUGCUUGCUGCCGCCUCACCAGAUGGUGGGAGCUGGAUCUGGGUCUCGGUGUUUCCUGUUCUAAUACCUUCAAACUUCCUCGCUGGCCACACCCCACAGACAGCAAAAAGUUUCCGCCAGUGACAGAAGAAGCCACCCACUGCCUGGGCUGCCCCUGGGCCCACAGGACUAGUGCCAUUAGACUGCAGCCCGAGGGCCUCCAGCGGGCACCUGUUCAUGAGGCCAGAGAAGGGGGCUCCCAGAUUUGCCAGCGGCCAUCAGGGGGAAAAUCCGUUAACCUCAGAGAUCCAGGUGGUCUCGCAGCAUCCGGACAUCCUGGUCUGGGCAGCAUUGGGGGGAAGCAGGAACUCUCAUUCCCAGCAGGCUGCCUGAGAGCCAGUCUGCCCUGGACCUGCACUUCCCCGUCCAAUCAUCUGGUCAUCUGGGUGUACGUGUGCACAUCCCUCCGGUUCAACAGAAGCUGCUGCCCACUUCUCUGGUAGGACUGUCCUCAGACGGCAGGUGUUCUUGCCAUCUCUCCUCCCACCUGAGAAAUCCUGUGAUUUUUGGCCCAUCUCACGGAGGGAGGGAGGGUCAGUGGGUUGCUAGUAGCUGGUCUGUGUUUUACAGGUGUCUGGAAUAAAGGCUUUAGUUCCACUGUUUCACA